AUGGCCCCCAAGUCCAAGAAGGGUUCCGACAACCUCAACUCCAAGCUUGCCUUGGUCAUCAAGUCCGGCAAGGUCACCCUGGGUGCUAAGUCUACCAUGAAGACUCUGCGCUCCGGCAAGGCCAAGCUGUCCGAGCUUGAGUACUACGCCAUGCUCGCCAAGACCCCCGUCCACCACUUCUCCGGCAACAACAUCGAGCUCGGUACCGCCUGCGGUAAGCUCUUCCGUUGCGCCACCAUGGCCAUCCUCGAUGCUGGUGACUCCGACAUCCUCACUGCCAACCAGUAA